AUUUGAUUCUUGCCACCUUCUUCCUUUCAUCUCGCCUACAACCUGUCAUUCGGAGCUUGAUUGAGGUUGCCUGUGGUCAAUUCACAAGACCCCCCUUUUCAGUGCGUCUUUUACAUUAUGGUUCAUAAGCACGCCAUUUUCCGGCAGCGGCGACCGUGGCUUCCGUAGCUGAUGGUUUGGACUUGAGGAUUUGAAGCGCGAAGCCCCUGAGUCAGAACUGGAUAGCAAUGCCAGUGUAGUGCGGGUGUUGCAUACGAGUAGCCACCGGCACAUCAGGAGGUGGUGAUAAGUCGUCCAAGUGCAUCAUCAUUGUUAUGGGGCAGUUCAGAGGUUCGAGUCGAGUGUCCCACUUCGCGGGUUGAAGGUGGUGGGAAGAGAAAAGGGUGAUGGAAGUGGGCGGGUGCACUACAAUGUAUCAGUGUACUACUGCACUGCAUCGGGACAAGAGCGCAUCUUGCUUAUCGAACUGGGCAUCACUUAUCUCCACGUGCUCUCCGUCUGCCCAGCCACAAGAUUAGUCAGCAUCAGCCACAUUGCGCACAGCCAUCAUGAUGUCUUUUCUUCUAAUGUUGGUUGGUACCUGCAGCGGCAAAGCCUUUCUAGCCACUCCGCCUCUUUUGAAUUCCCGCAACAAUGUUCCGACCUCUCCUACCAGCGUCAGGAUUAAAGAUCCGGAGAGAAGCCAAGUUAAAGAUGAUCGAAAUCCCACAUGCUACUAUCUUUCGUCGUGGUGGCGUUGCGAGGAUGAAGUAAGCGUUGAGCCUCAGAAGCAAAAUGAUCUCAUCGGACGUCAACCUGUUCGCUAACAAAGGGAAAAACUUGGUACAUCUCCCGGAUCUGGGAUGCGGCGACAUCCAUUGAAAGGUUAAAUCUCUAUAAAAUUAUACUAUGUAUAUUGACGUAUUUUCAUUUUGCAUGCAAUCCCCUUGUAUCACAUAGACUUUCAUCCCGUCCCUAUUAUUCACUGGCGAGGCAUCCUUUUGGGACAUAAUCGCGAUACAAAGGACAACAUCUCCGUGGUCCACAUUAUCUUGUUUACUCAACACCCAUUCUGCGUACCGGCCCCAGAGCCAUCCUUUGGGAAUCUUAACUUUUGGUUAGGCCUUAAUAUAAGGAGAAUAAUUUAUCGUCCAUCAGCUUCGCAACGAUAAUACGUGCAUCUGAAGUCGACUCCGCAGCCAGCACCAUGGGAGAACCAGCGACAGACUCCAACUACUGCAUCCUACAAGGAUUUGAAUGGAACGUCUCAGCAGACCAAAAACACUGGAAACGACUGAACGCCGUUCUCUCUGAGCUCAAAGACGUCGGACUCGAGAACAUCUGGUUACCUCCGGCAUGCAAAGGCCAGGGCGGCAGCCAGGCCAACGGAUACGACAUCUACGACCUCUACGACAUUGGCGAAUUCGAACAGAAGGGAUCGAAAUCAACAAAAUGGGGAUCACGCGAAGAUCUGGACGCACUGGCUCAAAAAGCCCAAGAACUCGACGUAGGGCUGUACUUCGACGCGGUGCUGAACCACAAGGCCGGGGCGGACCACAAGGAGAAAUGCCGGGUGGUCGAAGUCGACCAGGCCGACCACACCAAAGACAUCAGCGAGCCAUUCGAGAUCGAGGCAUGGCUGGGGUUUGACUUCCCCGGCCGCGGCGACAAAUAUUCGGCCCAAAAAUACCACUGGGAGCAUUUCUCGGGGACCGACUACGACGCAGGCAACGACCGCACGGGCAUUUUCCGCAUCGUCGGCGAGAACAAGUGGUGGUCGCACAGCGUGGGCAGCGAAUCCGGCAACGCCGACUUCCUCAUGUUCGCCGACGUCGACUACUCGCACCCGGAAGUCGAGGCGGACGUGAAAAACUGGGGCGAGUGGAUUGUUCGCCAGCUGAAACUCAAAGGAUUCCGAUUCGAUGCGUGCCAGCACUUUUCCGAGCGGUUCACUAACGAGUUCAUCAAUAACCUCGAAAAACAGUUUGGUGACAACUCGUUGUUUCUGGUCGGCGAGUUCUGGACGGGUGAAGUGAAAGCCAUGCUUGAGUAUCUUGACAAUAUGCACCAUAAGUUCAGUCUGUACGACUCGCCGCUACUUAACAACUUUUCGAGGCUGUCGACUACCGAGGGCGCGGAUCUGCGUACUGUUUUUGAUAAUAGUUUGGUUCAAGCCAGGCCCGAAUGUGCUGUUACUGUUGUUAUGAACCAUGACACACAGCCUGGUCAGACUGUCGAGACGCCCAUAGAGGGAUUCUUCAAGCCUCUUGCAUAUGCGCUGAUUCUGCUCCGCAGAGAGGGGUACCCUUGUGUGUUUUAUGGUGACUUGUACGGCACAAAGGGCAAGCAUCCUGAGCCGCCUUCCUGCGGUGGCAAGUUGCCCCAUUUGGUCCUGGCCCGCAAGCUCUUUGCCUACGGCGACCAGGACGAUUACUUUGACGAUGCUAAUUGUCUGGGCUUCGUGCGCCGAGGCACCAAUGACCGCAAGGACGGUUUGGCGUGUGUCUUGUCUAAUGCCGCCCCUGGACAGAAGAAGAUGUUUGUCGGAAAGGAGCAUGCGGGAGAAGUCUGGACUGAUGUCCUGGGCUGGCAGACCGAUGAGGUCAAGAUUGAUGACGAAGGCUUCGGCCAAUUCAUGUGUCCUGGCACCAGUGUGAGCGUUUGGGUUAAUAAAGAUGCUCAAGAUCGAUCCAAAAUCGAUGGCUUGCACUUCGACACAGAUAUCUAUGCCAGAGCAUGAUGUUGUUCGUCACCGUCGGUAUAUACUUCUUACGUUAGAUUGCUGUUUGAUACCCUGAAGACCUGUCGGAUAGAGAAGGCCAUUUCUGAUAGUCCGUGGAUUCUUGUCCAUCGAGUAUCGCACUGGCAGGGAGGAAUCUAAUAAUCCAUUUUGUGCGACACUGUCAAUAUGGCUUGAGUCUACGACGCAAUCGAAGAAACCUGGAUCCUCGGACACUGGGGCUCCUGGAUAGUAAACAUGCAUAGAUAAAGAACUUGAUUCGUCUCGGACCUGCCGG